AUGUUUGAAGGCUUUUCGUUCCCGGAGCCAACACGGCCUGCGGUACAGCCCGAGAUCGAUAGCCUGCAGUUCCAGUGCGACAGCAACCUGGUCUCGCCGCUGUCUUCGCGGUGUCCCUCUCCCCGGCUGCCGUCGCCGUUGAACUCGCGGGAUUUCCCUCGUCUUAACCGCCGGUCGAGGCAGUUCCAUCACUAUCACCACCAACACCAGCAGCAACAUCUCGGCCCUGCUCCCACCUCCAUCCCGGCAGACUACGCUACAGAACGCAGCCAGCGGUUCUCUAUCGGCUCCCUGACGAAGCAGCUUCAUGCUCACUCACUUGAGACCGGCGGCAGCCAGGAUAUCGGCAGCGACAGCGACGAUAGCGGACGGUGGCUGCCCAUAACCCCCCCACGAUGCUCGACCGAUGCUCAAUAUCAGAACUUCGCCCUGCUGGACUCGCUGCCUCCUCAGUCGCCGGAGGACGACCUGGUCCGGCUGUCGUCGCCGUUCUAUCCUGCUCCCCUAGACUCCACCUCGUCGCCCCCUCCGAGUCCCCGAGACGCCCAUGUCAUCAGCCAUGGUAACAAGCACGGCAAACUCCCUUCGCAAGAGCAGGAUAUACCCGCCGAGAUAUAUCACUCCAUGCCCCACAGCCGAUCAAGUAUCGUCGGUAACGGUGGUAGCAUCAGCAGCAUCAAUAAUAAUAUUGCCGAGGAUGCUGACCGGCCAGGCGAUGUCCGGUACCAGCGUGAGAAAUUCUCCAUGCUACAGUGCGCCUCAUCUUCCAUCGCCGACACCGUCCGCCUCGCCAUCCUGCUAGAUGGAGGUGCCAACUGCCCUCGGGACCGCCGGUCUUCAUCAUACGCAGAAGCAGCAGCAGCAGCAGGAGUGACUCCCGGUGAGUCUUGCGAUACAGCUGCAGGCUACCUCAGCGAUGGCCAACAUCCGAGCUCGCUCCCUCCAUCACGGACACCUUCGAGAAAACGGCUGCUGAAGCCAAAGCAGCAUCACCAUACCAACCACGCUCACAAUCCUCUAGCGAGCGGGUGCGGGACCUCGAGUCGCUUCUCCGGCGCUGGCAGCAAGGGGAAGGUAGAAAAAUCGCAGCAUCACAGCCAUAGCCAUGGCGGCAGCGGCACAUCGACACCCAAUCCGAGCAGGAAGUUCGGCAAGUCGCAAUACGGUCUUCGGCGGAGGAGUCUGCUGUUGGCCGCUGUCACGGCGGUCCUGGAACAGGAGGUGGCUGAGUCCACCAGGAUGACAGAGUGA